UUCUCAUCUGCUUUUGCGCUAAAAUGGAGGCUGGCCCUUUGCCUUAAGUGGAUUGCCUUCCUGGUCGAGUUUAGAUGUUGACAUGCAAUAAAGCUGGAAUCAGGAUGGUUGUGGAUGUACCUAAUUCCAAUGGGCCUUUCCAGCCGGUGGCUCUUAUGCACUUCAGAGACUGUGCUCCGGCGGAGCAGGAGAAGCUGUUUGUGCAGAAGCUGCGCCAGUGCUGCGUGCUCUUUGACUUCCUGUCAGACCCACUAAGUGACCUGAAAUGGAAGGAGGUGAAGCGGGCGGCGUUGAGCGAGAUGGUGGAGUACAUCACCCACAACAGGAACGUCAUCACAGAGCCCAUCUACCCAGAGGUGGUGUAUGUGUUUGCAGUGAACAUGUUCCGAACGUUGCCUCCGUCCUCCAACCCCACAGGAGCGGAGUUCGACCCAGAGGAGGACGAGCCUACACUUGAGGCUGCGUGGCCACAUCUCCAGCUCGUCUACGAAUUUUUCCUUCGGUUUUUAGAAUCCCCUGAUUUUCAACCGAACAUAGCGAAGAAGUACAUCGACCAGAAAUUUGUCAUGCAGCUUUUAGACCUGUUUGACAGCGAAGACCCGCGGGAGAGGGACUUCCUCAAAACCACUCUCCACAGGAUCUAUGGGAAGUUCCUGGGUCUACGGGCCUACAUCAGAAAACACAUCAAUAAUAUAUUUUAUAGGUUUAUCUAUGAGACUGAGCACCAUAAUGGAAUAGCAGAAUUGCUGGAGAUACUUGGAAGUAUAAUCAAUGGGUUUGCCUUACCACUAAAAGAGGAGCACAAGAUUUUCCUGUUAAAGGUCCUGUUGCCUUUGCACAAAGUCAAAUCACUUAGUGUCUACCAUCCGCAGCUGGCAUACUGUGUGGUACAGUUUCUAGAGAAGGACAGCACUCUCACUGAACCAGUGGUUAUGGCCCUUCUCAAAUACUGGCCCAAGACUCACUCCCCCAAAGAGGUGAUGUUCCUUAACGAGCUGGAGGAGAUUCUGGACGUCAUCGAGCCGUCUGAGUUCGUCAAGGUCAUGGAGCCAUUGUUCAGGCAGCUGGCCAAGUGUGUGUCCAGCCCACACUUCCAGGUGGCAGAGAGGGCUCUCUACUACUGGAACAACGAGUACAUCAUGAGUCUGAUCAGCGACAACGCCGCCAAGAUCCUGCCCAUCAUGUUCCCGGCGCUCUACCGCAACUCCAAGACCCACUGGAACAAGACCAUCCAUGGCCUCAUCUACAAUGCUCUCAAGCUCUUCAUGGAGAUGAACCAGAAGCUGUUUGAUGACUGCACACAACAGUUCAGAGCAGAGAAAAACAAAGAGAAGGCCAAGUCAAAAGACCGGGAAGAGGCCUGGAUCAAGAUUGAGAACCUUGCCAAAUCCAACCCACAGUCUCUUAUGCCUGUUGAUUCCACUGGCCUCAAUGGUCCAGUAGCAAUGAAGUCUGAUGGUCCAUUAACCUCUGAAGAAGUUCACAGGUUAAAAAAGACUUUAACGGGAGAAGUCACUCAGUUACAACCGAGAGACCAGAGAAAAGACCGGCCUCUAGUGCGGCGUAAGUCGGAUCUCCCUCAGGACAUCUACACCGCAAAAGCCUUGGAGACCCAUCGCCGAGCCGACGGCAUGAUCACUACCCACGAUGGGCUCUAGGUCUGCCUCUCCCUCUCCUCUAGUGCCCUGUCCCCUCCUCUCCCUCUCUUCUAGUGCCCUGUCCCCUCCUC